UAAACAAUGUCUUGGGCCCAACACCGUCAGUCCAAGAAAGAAUUGCAAUAUUGAAAAGUAAACUUUUAAACGACGGACACGCAGCACAUCCUUCUAUAUACGGUUACUAUGGCGACACAAGUGAUGAUUACGAAAAUCGGAAUUUCCUUAUCGAACCAAUAACAAGAAAAAAAAAAUAUAAAAACUAUAAAGUUAAAACCAAUACGACACCAAUAUCAAAUGUAACAAGAAAAACGAAUUCUCUAGCAAAACGUCAAGGAUUACGACCGUUUUUGAAAUCAGAAGCGAAUACAAAGAAAAAAGAUAAAUUAUUCUUAAAUCCAAUGGAUAUCUUUUAUAGAAGAGUUAUAGGGGAACAAUUUAAAGAUGAAAGUUGGAAAUGGGCUUUGUGCCAGGAUAUUAUAACACCGUAUUUAACUGGAGUGAAGAAAAGACCGAUGGAAAUGUCUAAAAUAGGACUCAAAGAUGCUACACCGGAAAGAAUGUUCCAUUUAUUGGGUAUAAACAUGAGUGAAUACGCUAAAGAGGAUGUAUUUGCGUUGAUGUAUCAAAUAAGUAAAGUACAGAUUCGACUCUACCAAUGGGAUGUUAUGCCGAUAAGGGUCUUGAUAAAUUUAUUGGUAAAAGGAAAAGCACAUACGUUUCGUAAUUUGAAAGCAAGCAUGAGAGAAAUGUUCGAAAUUUGGCAUUUAGAUUUUCGUAAUUUGACGAAAAUUAUUGAACAAACCCGUAUAAUACGACCAGCUUGUACAAUUACAUCACAAUAUACAGGUUCAACGAAAACUGCCAAAGUGUCAAGAUAUAAAGAAUUCAUGACAACAACAACAAAGUUUUAGAUUCUGCCUGACCGUGAUUGUGAAA